AUGCACUUAUUCGACUGCAAAGAUGAAUGUCACAAGAAGCUACGAGAGCAUGCAACACAGAUAAAAUAUAGCUCCGAGGACAUGAUCGAAGAGCCAAAAGCGCGUGCGGGUUUACUACUUCCGAGAAAUUUACACCCAGCGACGGCUCAAAAGUUUGUUAAAUUCUUCUACAAUUCAUAUAUCACUAAAGACGUCUUUCGAGGGCCGGAAAUCAUCUUGUUGAAGGUCAACGGGACACUUUAUGUUCGGAAAGAUCGAGUAUUGCUUUCCAUCGUAAUCCCAAAGCCUUCUGAACAUCAGUUUGCAGAUGAAGAAGAACAUGGUUACAGAGGUCCUGCAGCCAAGACCUCACUGGUCUCCCAAGCUGAAGCUUCGAGUACGAAUGCAGGUCCUCUUCCGCCUGCUAGCAUAACAAUAACUUCAGAUUCCGAUAGCUCCCUACGUCUUACGCUUACGGGCUUGGACAUUGGCGAUGUUAUCAUUCUGGAAGCAGGGGAAAGGCUUCUUGUGGAUGGCGGGAGUAACUCAAAGGCUCAGAGUAUUUGCUUGGUUUCGACUACGCAUAUCACAUCUUCUGGGGUGGCAGGAGAGGGAGGAUGGAAAGAGGAAGAAGGAAACGAGCCCGCUAUUUGA